CAGUGGCCAAAAGACGAUGCACGAAUGUGGAAUGCGGAAAUACGAGCUUUCGAGAACACCCAAACGCAUCAUUUCUCCUGUGCGCGUUAGUUACGACAUCCUUGUCAUCCAAAUGUAAGAGGACACCGCUUCCUGGUGUGGAGCAAUAAUAAUGGGCUGAUGAUAGAGAGAGAAGGUAGAACUGCUCGAGUCGGCAGGAACAGAAGAGGCACCAUAUCCAGUUGGAGGAAUGCCUGCCGUAAACAAACCAGCAGAGGAUGACGGCUCUUUUUCAUCAAAGGUCAUCAACAUUGUGUUUAUCAUCCUGCUGCUGGACCUGCUGGGAUUUACACUGAUCCUACCUCUGCUGCCUUCAAUUCUGGACCAUUAUGCACAAACAGGGGAUGUCGUUUACGAGUCCCUGCAGGGUGUUGUGGACUGGUUCAGGGAGGCUGUGGGAAUUCCUAUGGAAAAGAAAUACAACACAGUCCUGUUUGGAGGUCUGAUUGGGUCCCUGUUCUCCCUGCUGCAGUUCCUGUCGUCGCCCAUUACUGGGGCUCUGUCAGACCGUCAUGGCAGACGACCCUUGCUCAUUCUCACCACAUUAGGCCUGAUGUCCUCCUAUGCCGUCUGGGCAGUUUCCCAGAGUUUCACCAUGUUCCUUUUGUUUCGAAUAAUUGGAGGCAUUUGUAAGGGAAAUGUCAGCCUCUGCACCGCCAUCGUCGCCGACUUGCCUUGCCCAAAAGCACGGAACCGGGGAAUGGCUAUGAUCGGCAUCGCCUUCUCCCUGGGUUUCACUGUGGGACCUCUGAUGGGUGCCUACUUUGCCAUCAGCUCCAGAACAACAGGAAGCGUCUUCUACCAAACUCCGGCACUACUCGCCUUGGCCUUCAGUGCAGCUGAUCUAGUCUUUAUCUGGCUUAUGCUGCCAGAGACGCUCACAAAGGAUGUCAAGGCUUCAUCUUCAGGGUUUGGGGACUCCGGGGACCUCCUGAGUCCAUUAUCUCUGUUCCAUUUUUCAGCUGUUUCUAAGACAAAAGAUCCGCCUUCAAAAGAAAGAAUGCAGAAGCUUCAAGUGCUGGGCCUGGUUUAUUUUUGCUACCUGUUCCUGUUCGCUGGUCUGGAGUUCACUCUGAGUUUCUUAACUCACCAACGCUUCCAGUUUACAAGUAUGCAGCAGGGGAAGAUGUUCUUCUUCAUUGGUGUCAUCAUGGCUUCAAUCCAGGGAGGUUAUGCUCGCAGAAUUAAACCUGGGCACCAUAUCAAGGCUGUUCAUACAGCAAUCCUUAUGUUAAUCCCAGCAUUUAUUCUCAUCGGACUCUCUUGCAAUAUGGCAAUGCUUUAUUCCGGCUUGGCGUUAUACUCAUUUGCGGCUGCUAUCGUAGUUCCAUCCCUGUCUACACUUGUUUCUGACCAUGGCUCUGCCAGUCAGAAGGGCACAGUGAUGGGGAUCCUGCGUAGUUUGGGAGCUCUGGCCAGAGCACUAGGACCGGUGGUGUCAUCUUCCAUUUACUGGAUAGCUGGAGCUCAGGUCUGUUUUCUCCUCACAUCGGCCUCUUUUAUUAUUCCCCUGGCUCUGCUGAGAAGAGCUAGAAGCCUGAAGGAGGAGUGAGAGAUGCAAAGACUUGAACGAAACAUUUUAAUGUUUUAUAGUUUGAAUGUUUUGAUGUUUACAUCUGCUGGGAGAUAAAUGCACUGAAUUAGUACUUUCACACAACAGAAAAAUGAUUGGGAUGUAUACUGUCUGUGCUGUCUCUGCCAAGGAUCAACAUGUUAAGCAAUAUAAGUGAAAAGGACCAUGCCAAACAGAGUGAUGCCUUUAAAUGUGCCCGUUAAGACAUGUUUGACUGUGAAUUUCACAGAUUUCGGUUGGUUACAAAUAAUGUUUAUGUUUGUGGAAAAAUUGUUAUCUCUUUAUAAUGCAGUAUUUUAUCAAUCACUUUGAUUUUUUUUUAAAGUAGCAUUUUAUUUUAGAUCACUUAAAAAUGUAAAUAUUAUAUUUUUUGUGGGAAAAAAGAAUAAACAACAACUUUG